UUACCAAAAACAUUAAGAGCUCAAGAGGAAGUAGGAGGGAAAUUUUAAAAAAUGAUCAGCAAGGUAUUACUCAAAGUGUUGUCAGUCAUUGUUCUCUGUCUGGCAUUUGCACAGGCUCAACAUCGCCUGCCUAGCCACAGUCGUUGUCACUGCAUCCAGACAAUAAACCAGUUACACCCUUCGAUGAAAAUCAGUAAUGUUAAAAUCUUAUUGAAACAGAGUUUCUGUGAGAAUGUGGAAAUCAUCGUCACCUUGCAGAGUGGUAGAAGAAUAUGUUUGAACUCGGAAUCUGAAAUUGGAAAGAAUAUUAUUAAUUUUAUGGAAAGCAUGAAGAAAACUACAAAAAAGAACUGAUUUUAUGAAGCAAACAAGGUUGAAUGUGCAACAAAACAGCAUCUCAAAAAAUUAACUGGAUGAACCUCUAUUUCUAUUGUGUAAAGAUUACAAAUGUUGGUGAUAUUUUAUAAGGAUUUACAGUUUUUAAUCUAAUGAAAUACAAUCUACAAUUUUGAUCUUGGGAUUGUAAAUUUCAGAAUUCAUAAAGAAAGCUAUCCGCAAUAUCUUAUCUAGGAAUAGAUUGUCCUAAAUAAGUUUAUUAAUUAGACAACAAAUUAAUUCUGCUGAUAUUUUCUGAUGAAAUAAGCUAUCUUGGUUGUUAAUGGAAUUAUCAGUUGUUAAAGCAAGCUAGCAUCAAUUCGUUGUCAAAAUUCCUACACUGUUAAUUACUUGUUUGUCACAAGGGGGCCUUUAUGAUUAUUUCUGAUAUAGAUGUUUUCAACUUGCCAUUAAUUAAAUCAUUAUGUUUAGUUAUAUCAUUAUAUUAAACUAAAUGAUACUCAUGGAAAAUAAAAGAAAAUAUAUUUGUUGUAACUUUUGAAAAAAAAUAUGCUAAAUGCUAUGUAACUGCAGAUAUGUGUUUUAAAAUUCAGUAACUGCAUUGCUUGCAUGAAUGAAAUUAACUUGCAAUCAGUGAUCAAAGUUUGUAUUGAAUGAUGAGUACAAUACUGAAAUUAUAUUUUUAUAUUGGAAAUGUGGUAUUGCUAAUGUUUUCACCGAUCAAAUGUUUAUC